GUGUGGCCCGGCUCUCAUCGGGAGCCGGGCUGACCAGGAGCAGCAGCUCGCACACCCGGCCAUUCCGCUCGCUCCACCGAAGGCUGCCCUCUGCUGUUGCGCUGAAUCUGGUUCUUGCACGGAAUAUCUGGCAGCUGCUUGACGGCGGCAGAGGAUCGCGUCAGAGGAGGUCCUGCACUCGCGCGACACAUUUCUGGUGAGGCGACACAGCGCCAAGGAGCAGAGCCCGGCGGCUGGUAACAGCUGGAAGUAGGGUGCAGCGCCAAGGAGCAGAGCUUGUGGAAUGGUGCCUGUGUGAGGGCUGAGGUUGCAUGAGAUGAGUCGCAUAGCACCACUGGGUAGAGGACUGACCGCUGCAGCGAGCGGGCAUCACCAUUUCCAGCCACAGGUGUUGGUGCAAAUGAUCCACAGGGAAUUUCCCCUCAGUGCAAAUGAGGCCGGUUGUGACCCGUUUGGAGUCCGCAUGAGCUUGGACUCUCAAGAGGAGAUGGGACGGAUGGCCAUGGCUUGUCCUUGAUUACCUUCAGAUUCGAGCCCAUGCAGACUCAUCAUUGAGCCUGUACAAGUUUGGAUUCUCUAGGCGGUCAAGGAUUGCGAUGGACUGUCCUGACUCGUCUUCAAGUCCGAGCUUAUGCGGACUCCCUUGUUGUAUCAGCUUAGUCCUAUACCCAAUGGAGGUAUGUAAUUCUCUUGCCUAAAUGAGUCAAUUUUCUUGGUAG